UCAUGUUCAGGUGAUUUCCCUAUGCGCGUGUGAGCGAAAAGCACCGAAACCCAGCGAUGACUUGCAAACAGAGUAGAGAAAUAACUUUGUUUUUAUUUGUGGUAACCGUUUAUUCUUACACGUUUCAACUUUGUCACUCGGUAAGUCUAGGACAGAGGGAGGAUGGUUUAACUGCUUACCAAGUCCAAGAGUCAACCAGGUGGGAAACGAUUAAACAUGACAACGACGCCCAGCAGGGAAAGCAGCACUUGGUUGAACAGGUUAUCCAGGGCCCAAAUCUGCGCAAAUCCACCCAGCCGGGUCUCAGGGAGCCUUGGCCUGAAUCUGCUGCCUUUCCCGGAGAGCCACUCCAACAUUUCAGUGUACCGAAACGGGAUGAAAAUGACAUCAAAUUGCUUAACAGCUUGUCUUGGACUACUGGUAAUAUCAGCCGGCAACCAAGGACCUCGGCUUCAGAUUCUGGAGAUGGAUAUCAAGCAGAUUUUACAGGUAUUGAUGGAGUCCAGGGGAAGGUUUUGGGCCCAUUGUCUGACUCCAAUCCACGUUUCUCUGAGUGGCUGGCUAUGAGGCCUUUGGUGCAGUGUGAUGAUGAUGUCAUGACCUUCACUGCCACUGGAGAUGGAAUCACAGACCUAUUAGUGGACAUAGAGGGAGCCUCUCCCAUCUCCCUGUUCCAGUUACCUCCACACUGUGGUUACUCAGUGAGGACGUCAUGGCGUGACCUUGAGAUGAUAGUGCCUUAUGAUGCAUGUUACAUUACACAGGAGAAUGGCAGUUAUGUGCUGCCCUUGUUGUGGUGGGGCAGCCCACUGAAGCUCUCCUGCCCAAUGCAGAUGUCCACUCCUGCCCCGUCUUCCCUCCGCUCUGGCCCCUCAGUCUUCUGCUCCCCCUACGGCAUGGCGGUGCAGAUACAUGGAAAGGAGCACGAUAUAGCGAUGCUGGGAGUCAAAGUGAAUGGAGACUGGGGUCCAUUUGUAUCUGAAGAGUGUGCGUACCAUGUCUACUCCCAUCCUGAGGAGCUCACCUUCUUCAUCUCCUACAGUGCUCUGUGUAUCACUAGUGGAGAUGGUUUUUAUCUCCAGCUUAUAUUAGAUGAUCAGGAAUACAUCCUCUCCUGUCCAGUCACUCCUAUCUCCUCUCCUCCUCUGGCUCCUGGUGACCCUCGGUUUCCCUAUAUCCCAGAUCCUGUAAGACCUGCACCCACCUCCCGUCCUCCCCCUCCUCAACCUCCAACUCAGGAGCAGAUUGCUCAGCUUCCCGACUACCCCCACUACCCCUAUCUUGGAUUCCAGUACCCCCAGCUUCCCCAGGUCUACCCUCCUGGCCCCCAACCUGCCCAUCCCCCACAACCCAGUCCUCCUGGGCCCCAGCAGCAGCAGUCUCUCUACCCCAUGGGGCCUGGCAAGCUGCCGUACUAUCCUGGAGCGCACCCAAAAUACCCUUCCCCUCCUUACCAGCUUCCUCUACAAGCUGAUGGUUCUCCCCAUCAAGUUUCCAAAUUACCUUCUCAAUAUCCAUCUGGUGUGUAUUACCCAUAUGUGCCGUUUUACUACCCUGCAGUGACACCAGUUCCGACCCCUGCAGCUAAAAAAACUACUACUGUUCCUCCAGCUACUCAUCCACCCAAACCUCCAGCAAGUCUGUAUUAUCUUCAGAUACCUUACUAUCCUGCACCCACUGCAGCACUAGUGACCCAAGCACCUGCUGCUCUCCCUCCCAGCUCACCUUAUCCUCCCUCUCCACCAAAACAAUCUGUGGGCCCACAGUACCCAAUCAAUCCAUUUUAUCCCCCCACUUCCUAUAGCUCUUACCAUCAUUAUGGACAAUUUUUCCAACCAAUACUUGGUCUUGAGGUGCAGCCUGCUUCCACUUCACAUCCCACUAUCGCUCCACCUCCCCCUCCUCCAUCUCCUACCACCUCAACUACCACAAGGACGAUGGUUCCCAAACUACCUGACGCACCCAGCUAUCCCUUCAGCCAGUAUUACCCCCAAAGACCCAUUUACUUCCCACUGCCUACAUCUCUGCCGCCUGCCAAAGAGAAACCUCAAACUAUUCCUCAGGAACCUCAGAAACCAGCGGCUCCACAAGCCACUUGCCCCCCUUACCCUCACACCAUUUGUGGCUACUACCCUUAUCCCUAUCAUCCCUAUUACCAUCCUCUCCACCCGCCACACUACCAUCCACCUUACCCCCAUGUGCCCCACUAUCCAGAGACUCCACCACCAAUGACCACCAAAAAGCCUUUUACCACCACUACAACUCCUACCACCACAACUCCUACCACCACAAGUUCUACAGCGUCUACCCCAACUUGGCCCACUCCACAGAUUCCCCAUCUCCAGUGUCUUAUGGGGAGGAUGGUUGUCUUCCUUCCUUUUGCUCACCCAGACUCCAUCCAGGUCACAGACCAAAUGAAGACAUGGCUGUUCCUCUCCAGUGUGUCUCCACUGUGUGGGUACAUGCUACAGAUGGCUGAGGGCUCUGGGGUAAUCCUUCACUCUCCUCUACCUGCCUGCCACAGCCAUCCAAGGACUCCCACGACCAUUUCCUUACCUGUGAGGUUUUGGGACCUUUCCAUGGCGCAGUAUAGGACUCUGGAUCUGCAAUGCCCGUAUCCAACCACCCUUGAAACUCCUGCAACAGUGUCCCCUACUCCACCCAGCACCACCAAGGGCAAGAUCAGCCCAUCUGUUGUCCCAAAGCCUGAAGUCUUCUGCUCCUCCCAACAGAUGACUGUGGAGCUCCCCCCUGGUCCCAUCUCUGGAAUUGUUGUUAAAGACAUCAAAGGGAACCAGAUGAACCUCCAGAAUCACCCAACGAACUGUGGGUAUUCUGUAAUAAAAGGCAAAGAUGGCAAAAUCCGUUUGAGUCUCCAGUUACACUCACGCUGCCACAUGAGUGUGCAGGGUAAAAUGUAUAUCAUCACUGUCAUCUACAUGACAGUAAAUGGGAGACAGGAGGCUCAGUUUUCCUGUCCAGUUGUGAUCCCAGCAUCUGGACAAGAGUGCAACCUUCCCAGCGAACAGCAUCUCCCCUGCGGACCUGGUUCUGUAUCCCAGCCACAGUGCCUCUCCAUGGGCUGCUGCUUCAGCAAGCAGCCCCCUGCCUGCUACUACCCCAUGAAUGAGUGCACUAUUGACCGCCACUUUGUCUUUUCCGUGCCUGCCUCCCUCACUGAGCCCCCUCUUUCCCCUGCCCUACUUGUCGCUGCCGGUAACUCCACCUGCAAACCUCAGAGAGUGACUUCUGACUAUGCCUUGUUCAAGAUCCCGAUGGAUGGCUGUGGGACACGCAGAGUGAUGGUGGGGAAAACCGUGAUCUACAUGGUGGAGAUCAUCAACAAGGUUCAGGCAAUCAGCCUCAACUAUGGUACCAUAACGAGGGAUUCUCCUGUCAGGUUGUUGGUGGAGUGCAGGUAUCUGCCAAACACUGUUCUGAGUGUGAGCUACAUGGUUAAAACUCCCACUCUGGGACCAGCAGUUCAGACCCAGGGGAUAUUUGGAGUCCAGCUCAGGAUUGCCAAAGAUGCCCAAUACAGCAGCUACCACCCUCAGUAUCACCAGCCCCUGCAGAUGCUGCUGGGGAAACCCCUCUACCUGGAAGUGCGACUGCUCAACACCCCGGAUCCCAGUUUGGUGCUGCUGGUGCACUUCUGUGUGGCCUACCCCCGCUCUGGAAAAGCUGUGUGGCCGCUGCUUUACAACGGAUGUCCCAACCCCUUGGACCCAGCCCCACAGCAGUCUGUGCUGUUGGAUCCUCAACCGCCCUCUCCUCAGGCUCAGACCCGCCGCUUCACCAUCAGCACCUUCCAGUUCCUUCCUGAUGGUGAGUUCAAGGACCCAGACGAGGAGAUCUACUUCAUGUGUUCAACUGAAAUCUGCUCACCACGUGAUGGGCCUUGUGUCGAGGGUUGCUUUGGCCAGUGACGUUUACGACAUGGAAGAUGCUUGAAGUUGGAGAUUAUGAUGAUGAUCUGGCCUCAGACAUCACUCGUUUAACCACCAAUAAAAGCUCUUAAAGGACA